CGCUAGCAUACGAUCGGUCACAAUAUACCCAUCAAUUAAAGGCCAUAGAGUGAGAAUCGUCUAUGUACUCGGUCUCGACAAGGCUCUAUCUGGCAUCACGACAUCACCUCACCUCUUACUCUGCCAUCUAGCAGUAUAUUUCUGUCCAGCCCUCCAGACCAGAGGCUUCUGUCCAAAAUGGCGUUCAGCUUCGGCUUCUCCGGGGAGGACAUUGACAUGGAAGAUUAUGAGAUUAACACUGGUGUACCGGAUGUAUUACCGCCGAAGAACACUACGAAUUCGCUUCCCGAGCUAGUCAAGCCCAAGAAGCAUGAUAUCAAUGACUGGCUCUCAAUACUUCCAUCACAAAUAUUCUACAACCGACUCGCAAUCAGCGGUACGCCCGUGGUCAUUGCACGUCGAGAAAUUUUCGACAUCCGCACCCAGUUGAUGGCCGAGGAUAACGAGAACUACGACAAUGCCGAGCUGAUCGCCGGUCUCGAAAAGGGCGAUCUCAAGCCCAAUUUCUACGAAGGUGGCUUCAAGACGUGGGAGUGUGCUCUUGAUCUCGCCAAAUUGGCUGCUGGUGAUAGCGAGAUCGUUGGCUCCUUGAGUGAUUCUCAGAGCGAUGUUCAUAUUAUCGAGCUUGGUGCGGGUACGGCUGUGCCAUCAAUGACUCUGUUCGCUCAAUUCCUCGGCCAGACGGAGGUGGAUGGCGCGGCACCAGGGCAGAAAGCACACUUUACUUUUGCUGAUUACAACGAUGCCGUUCUUCGCCUCGUUACGCUCCCCAAUCUGCUCCUUACCUGGCACAAUAGCCGACCGCAGACUGCCGUGGAACCUGUCGUCAGCGAAGAAACUCCUCGCCAUGAUCAGGACGAAGAGCUAGACAUCACCCCUGAACUAGUGGACGAGUUCAAGAACGACUUGGCCCGGCGUGGUAUUUCGAUCGAUUUCAUCUCCGGUGGCUGGUCUCCCGAAUUUGUCGAUUUGGUCUUUUCUCAUUCUAGCAGCGGCGACUGCAAGACCCUGGUACUUGCAAGUGAGACUAUUUACUCACCGGCUACGUUGGCCGCGUUCUCCGAGACCCUUUUGGCACUACUACGCCGCUCUAGCACGCCCGCGGCGAAGACUCGUGCCUUGGUCGCGGCUAAGAAGGUGUACUUUGGAGUCGGAGGUGGAGUCGACGAGUUCCUCGCUGUGCUCAAGAGUGUCUGCGGAGAUGAACUGCAAGUCCAGGAGAAGUUGGACGUGCAGUCGGAAGGAGUUGGUCGGGUAGUAUUGGAGAUCACACCCUCUGCCAAUGUCGUAUGAUAUCAAAUUUGCCCUGUCCGCCAGCUUUCUCAAAUAGCAGCAUUUAUACCCUAGAGCCUUGGAAAAACAAUCUUCAAACAAAUAGAAUUCAAAGGAUAAGGUUGCUGGAUUGGACUUCCCAGUCCCAACGUAUAUGUACAUGUUUUGCUCCUCCAUUGCGCAUGUCUAUCGCAGACAGCUAAUCAACGAUGAAAAAAAAGGACCCCUCUUCUAUCCGCUUACUCAUAGAUGGACUCGACCUUGCCUUCCUUCAUGCGCGCAACGCGAGCCUCCUCAAUAUCCUUGUUCUGGCGCUCGUAGUGGGCCACAACGGCACUCAGAUCGGCCUGGGAACCGGGGGAAACGUUAUAUGGGGUACGAGCGUUGAACAUACUGUCGAUCAUUAGCAACCAGCAUCCCUAAUUGAAGAAUUUAAAUCGACGUACUCGGGCUGCUUCAGCUCAAAGGCCUCGCGGGGGCCUUGGGAUUGGAGGAGGUGACGGUCCUCGGCGGCCUUCUCAAGAAGGGCGGUGUGAAUGGCAUUGCGCUGCUCAAGAACCUCUUGCGAGGUGCUGUACUUGUUGAUCAGGCCGGCAAUGAAAGACUCGGAGCCGGAGUCCUGGCUGGCCGCGCUGAUGCGGUAGAGGAGGUACGAGGAGGCGAUGGUGCCGACGGUCACGUAAAAACUGCGCUGUUGGGUGAAAUUACCCGUGUUAGCAAGCAAUUGAACGCAAUCGAGGACCUCCCAGAGCUUUCAGAGCUCGUUGUCGAGUUCGUCUGGCAAAGCCAGCGGGGGAGGGAGGAGCUUACGCCGAAGCCCUCGUUGACGGGCUCGGAGUGGGCGGAGUGCGAGCCAAACCGGCGAGGGGUCUGGCGCAGCAGCUGCCGCGUCGAAGCAGCGGAGCGUCUGGCGGCGAACAUGGUUGAAUGGG